ACCGGCAACGGUUCCAUGGAAAAGGUUUCAUCCAUUUGGUCACCGCUCCAGGUGAACACCAGCGUUGCGAAGUUGCGAAUACACAUCUCUAGUUCACGGUUGUUGGAGACCUUUUGGUUGGUGGCAUUCAAUAUGGGAACGCAUACGUUAGCUGCAACUACUUUUUUGCUUGUGAUUGUCCUGGAAUAUUCACAUGCAUUAUCAUCCCAACCAUCAAAGAAAUGCGUGGAAUUCGUGAUGCGUAACACUGGCGAAUGUACAUGCAAAGAAGCACGCGAUCGAGGCGUAGAUCAGUUAGGUGAAAAGUGGGUGCCCAGUUGUGAUGAUAAUGGAAAAUGGAGCGCUAAGCAAAGCGAUCGCGAUGGAUCCUGGUGCGUUGACCAGAAGGGAAAUCAACAUGGAGAUAAGGCGAAAAUGUGGUUUGGAAUGGACAUCAACUGCGACUAAACAAACGUUUUUUUUAUUUCUUGUGCACCGACGCUUAAAUUUCCAAAUCAGCGUUUGCCAGAAAUUUUUAGAAAGACCUGUGACAGGCAAGCACAGAGAGCUCACAGAUGACUUUAUUGUACAAAUAAA